GCCUUAAAUAUCCCUGGGCUGUGCAGCGCGUAUGCAGGAUACCGUGUGGGGAUAUUGCCGGGACCUGAAAUUGUGCACUAGGAAAUAAGAACUGCCGAGAUGACGCGUGCAUUGCUGGUCCUGAGCGUGCUGCUGGCCUGUGUGGGGCUGAGCGCCGCGCAGUGCGAGGAGGGCUGGGUGCCGAUCCAGUCAGGCUGCUACGGUCUCGUCCAGACCACGAAGACCAACUGGACCGAGGCCAGUGCCUACUGCCAGGCCCUCGGGGCUGACACUGCCAUCGUGGAUGACGCGGAUGUGCUGCGGGGGCUGUACGAGUACAUCAUUGCUUACCGCUUCUCACUGGAGCCUCAAGGCGGCGAUGAGGAGAACUGCCUGGCGCUGGCAGAGGACAGGUUCUACUACAUGGACGACAGGGCGUGCGACCUACUCUACUUCCCCCUCUGCCAGAAGUAGGGGCUCUAACUCUAGAAGUCUACUGCUCUACCUCUGCUAGAAGUAGGGGCUGCUCUACUUAACCCCUCUGCCAGAAGUAGGGGCUUCUCUACUUCUCCCUCUGCCAGAAGUAGGGGCUGCUCUACUUCCCCCUCUGCCAGAAGUAGGGGCUGCUCAACUUUCCCCUCUGUCAGAAGUGGGGGCUGCUCUACUUCCCCCUCUGCCAGAAGUAGGGGCUGCUCUACUUCCCCCUCUGCCAGAAGUAGGGGCUGCUCUACUUCCCCCUCUGCCAGAAGUAGGGGCUGCUCUACUUCCCCUGAGACGGAUGUUGCUCAUUCUUCCCAUUAUUAAAUAUAAUUAUUUCAUUGUAUUUCUAGUGCCUCCACAAGUUCAACACUUUCAUUCCAAAUUAAUGAUGUCUUUUUUCGUAUUAUAAAACUAUUUAUGGGCAUUGGGUUGUGUUAUCAUAUGUAUUUACUAUCAGAAUUAUACUAGUAGAGUGGAUUACUUGCAUUGCAAAGUUUUAUUGCUUGCAAUAAAUAAUAAGAUCACUUGAGCAUU